GCUUGACUAAUAUAUUUUUAAAUGAGCCAAGCUUAUAUAUUUUAUUUAUUUAUCUUGUAAAGAUUCAUUCGUACAUAUAUAAAUAAGCUAACUCACAUAAAAUUUAUUUCAAGGAGUUGAUCUUAAGCUCAAACAUUAAAUUGUUUGACUUGAAAUUGAGCCAAAAUCAAGCUCAAUUAGUAAUGUUAUUUCCUCCCUUUAAUGAAAAACCUCUAUAUUAUACAGGCAAAUGCAAUACUUAAUAAGUAAUGUAUAUCACACAGCUCAAGUGAUUUUGACUAUGAAUAGUAAGAGUUUCCUACUAAUAAAAUGUUUUCUCCUCUAUGCACUUGUUACAUAAACGUUGUUAAAAAAAAAAAAAAAAAUCAAAGAAAAAAGGAAAUGCUUUCAAUGCUGAAUUUGUUUUGCAGGCAGCGUAGUGGUCUUUAUGGCAUUAAUUCUGCUGAUAAUUGGUGGGUGGUGGUCACAUGUAGCGUUGAAGAAAAGCAAGAAAAUCAAGAGAAGAAAAGAAUUCUUCAAACGAGUGUCAAAGUUGCAUCUAAAUCAAGACGACUUAAAGAAGACUUCUAUGUUCAGUUUGCAAGAUAUGGAAAAGGCAACUGAUCAUUUUAAUAAUAGUAGAAUUAUUGGUCAAGGAGGUCAAGGUAAAGUUUACAAAGGAAUGUUGACAGAUGGAAAAAACGUUGCAAUUAAAAUAUCCAAUGCAGUUGAUGAACUGAGAUUUGAAGAGUUCAUUAAUGAGGUUGUCAUUCUUUUACAAAUUAAUCACAGGAACGUGGUGAAGCUACUUGGAUGUUGCUUAGAGACUGAAGUGCCUCUGCUUGUUUAUGAAUACAUGUCACAUGGUACCCUUUCCGAGAAUCUUCAUAACAAAAGGACGGAUUUUCACCUGUCAUGGAAAAUGCGCUUACAGAUUGCCGUACAAAUUUCAAGAGCACUUUCCUAUUUGCAAUUUGCAGCACGUACACCAAUUUAUCAUCGAGAUAUUAAGUCUACAAAUAUACUCCUGGAUGAAAAGUAUGGUGCAAAGCUAUCAGAUUUUGGAAUUUCAAGAUCCAUUGCCAGUGAUCAAACUCACCGUACCACUGGUGCACGGGGAACUCCUGGGUACAUGGAUCCUGAGUAUUUCAGAACAGGUGAGUUUACAGAGAGGAGUGAUGUGUAUAGCUUCGGGGUAGUACUCGUUGAGCUCUUGACUGGGAGAAAACCAACAUUUUCAUCGGAGUCAGAAGAGAGUAUUAGUUUAGCCGAGCUGUUCAAUCAAUCAAUGAGACAUGACGAACUCUUUGAUAUAAUUGACCCUCAAAUUAUGGAGCAUUAUGUUAAAGAAGAAGUCAUAACUGUUGCUAAUGUUGCGAAAAAAUGCCUGAACUUGAUUAGAGAUAGACGACCUACAAUGACAGAAGUGGCAAUGGAGUUAGAAGGAAUUCGGUUUUCAAAAGAAGACAAAGAACAAAGUGAAGAAAUUGAUUCCAACUUGGAGGAUGGUAUUAAUGCUUCAACUUACACAAGUUUUAGGGUUAGUGCUUGAACCAAUGGUUUCUAGCAGAACGUGGUAACAAUAUUUUUUUUUCUUUUUCCUAUCCAGAUCUGUUUUGCUUUUGCUCUUAGUUUUAAGCUUAGAUAGCUAGUGGAUGGACGUGUCUACUUGAUGGAAAUAAGCUAUGUUGGUAUGUGUGUAAUGAUAUUAUAGAAACUCUAAUAUUUUAAAUAAAAAUAUUGUUUUUUUUUU